UUCAUGUUGUUGUGAUCGGUACACCCUCGCAGCUAGCUAAUGGCUGAGUUAGACAUUGGGAAGCAUUGUGAAGUAGAUUCCUGCAGUGUGAAAGAUUUUCUUCCUUUUGUUUGUGACGCUUGCAAGGGCGUUUUUUUGCACAGAAGCAGAGAGGCCCACUCAUGUUCAGAGGAACCAGUUAAAAGGGAAUCCCGGACUGCAGGUGGCAGCACCAGUCAUCCGUGUUCAUUUGAAGACUGCAAAGGAAAAGAGCUGCUGCCCGUAAUAUGUCCACAAUGUGACAAACACUUCUGUUUGGCCCACCGUCAUCAAGAUGAUCACAAAUGUGAAAAGUUGGAGGUUCAAAAGCCUCGAAUGACGGCCACCAAAGAGUUGGUGCAGAAGAUUGUAGAGUCAAAGGAUGGGUCCAAAAGCAAAGGGCGCAGAGGAGCAAAGAACGCCGCGACUGCAGCAAAGGUGGCGCUGAUGAAGCUGAAGCUGCAUGCUGCCGGAGACAAGGGGCUGCCCCAGACAGAAAGAACCUAUUUCCAGGUGUAUCUCCCCAAAGAAUCGAAAGACUGCAGCAAGCCCAUGUUCUUCUGCUCUAAAUGGAGUGUGGGUAAAGUGGUGGACUACGCAGCCUCCCUAGCCAGCCUAAAAAACAACAACAAUGUCCUGACAGCAAAAAAGCUGCGGCUCUGUCACCCUCAGACCGGUGAAGCUUUCCAGAUGGAUGACACUCUGCUUUCCCUGCUGGGUCACCCUGAAACCCCCCUCCACAACGGGGGUAAUGUCAUUCUAGAGUACUUGGACAAUGACUGUCCGGGCUUGGAGGAUGUUUCGGACUAUAUUACCCAGGCCUGAUCAAUCGACCACAGUGACUGUACGGAUGGAACUCUGGAUCUCUUUGUAUUUUUAUUGAAAAUAAAAUGGAAGAACGUGACAUUUUACAGAA